CCCACCAUGCCCAGCCACGCCGCCAAUAUUCCAAUGGUCGCUCGAGGGGGGCUGCUCACGCUCCUCCCGGGGGUUUGCAGGAGGCGGUAUGGUGUCCUGCAGGAGCCUCGUGUGCCCGUGGGUGUCCCUCCGUGAUAAUGCUGGGAGGGAGAGGCUCAAAAUGGCGGAUGUUUGUACCUGACGGGAGGAUGGGAGGGCAGGUGAACGCUCCUCUUGCACCAGUUUAUACAUGUUUUUCCCCCAGCUUGAGGACCAAUGAAUGAAGAAGAGGUGAUCAUCAAAGGGGAGGAUGAGGACCCGCUGGACCCCUCACAGCACACCAGCGUGGUGGUGGUGGAGGAGGGCCGAGGAGCGCUGACCGUCGAACUCCCGGACGGCACGCAGGCCAUCGUGCAGAAUGUCAUCACCGAGGACCCACAAGCUGAAGACAUGGAGGGGGUGGCCAUCCAGCUGGACGAUGGCAGGAUAGGCUACAUCUGUGGGGAGACCCUUCUGCAGGCCAUAUCCAACGACCAGGACCCUCUGCUGAACGCCUCCAGCAAGUUUGUCUGCCGCUUCCCUAACUGUGACAAAAGUUACUCCUCUGUGAAUCAUCUAAAAACCCACCAGCGUAACCACACCGGCCAGCGUCCUCACAUCUGUAACAUGUGCAAGAAGCGCUUCACCACCGGCUACGCGCUGAAGUCCCACAUCCGCACCCACACGGGGGAGAAGCCGUACCAGUGCCCGGAGGAGCGGUGUGGCAAGUGUUUCAAGACCUCCGGAGACCUGCAAAAACACGUCCGCACUCACACAGGUGAACGGCCAUUUAAGUGCGAGAUUUGUGAGAAAUCCUUCACGACAUCCAACAUCAGGAAGGUGCACAUGAGGGUCCAUACUGGCGAGAAACCAUAUGAGUGCCAGUAUGAGGGCUGUGGGAGGAAGUUUGCCUCGGCCACCAACUACAGGAACCACUGCCGCAUUCACACCGGGGAGAAGCCUUAUGUUUGCUCUGUCCAGAACUGUGGCAAAAGGUUUACAGAGUACUCUUCUUUGUACAAACACCACUUGGUCCACAGCCAUCAGAAGAGAUACUAUUGCAGUCACUGUGGCAAAUUCUACAGGCAGUUGUCCUCUGUUAGUGCUCAUAAACGAACUGUUCACAACAUAAUAGAGAACGAAGAGAAUCAGAUCCUGUGGAUGGGCACAGGACUGGACAUUCUUGCGGAGGAUCAGGAUGGGAACGAGGUGACGGUGCAGGAGGGCUCAACGAUCGUGCCGGCGGCCAGCACCUCCAACGACACCAGGACGGUACACCUGACCCCGAGCAUGGUGGUCAAGAAGGAAGACCAAAUGAUUCCCAGCUCCAUCCUGAGUACCCAACUAACCAUACAAGACGACUGCAUGCGGAUGCCAACCGUAGAGCUGAACGAGGUCAUAACUGGGGAGUCUGCUGCCGACGCUGUGCUGCAGGAUGACCAGACCACACUGGGCAACCUGGAGCUGGACAGUAGUGGGAACGGAUCCAUCUUUGUGUUCACUGAUCCAUCCAACCUUGCGGCCCUUCAGCUGGCAGUGGCGGGACCCACGGACGGUGACAUGGGCGUAGAAGACACUGUGGAGGUCAUUAGACUGGAUGACUUUGCCAGUGUAGCUGAGUCUACCAUCACUGAAGACAUGACAGAAACCGCUACCUUGAAACAGGAACUGAGCGGAAGGAAAGGAAGGCUGAUAGUUAUUAAGGAAAUUGACCUCAAGGAAGAGAAGUUAUCGAGCCAUUGAUGUUUGGUAUGUAUAAACUAGUAGACCAUAGAUAGCACAGCACUUGAGUUUUUUUACAUAGAUAUGGAAACAGCUCAAGGGCAACAAAAAGAGAAAACCAAAAAGCCCGCUAAACACUGUUCCAUUAAAAAGAAUUCACUACAAGAAGCUUAAAAUUAAAUGGUUUAUGCAAAGGUGAAGAGGUUGCAAGUGAAAUGGCUUAUGCAAAGGUGAAUAACAAGGUAUAGGUGGUGUAUCCAGUGUGAGUGGUCUAAUGCUUGUUGAUGAAAGGGAAGCAAGUGUAUGUUUCAAGUAUUUUAGUCUGUGCUGUUUGUAUAUUUUAAUUCCCAUGUGUGUUGAAUUCAGUCCAUUAUGAAGGCCUUAGCUUAAUUUGUUAUGUCCGAUAAAAUCUUUUAUCAUAAUUUAAUAUUAAAAUGCACCCAUGAACAGUUGACUGAUCUCCGCAAUGAGUCUGAUGCUAUACUAAUUAUUUCUAUUCAGUUACACAUCUUGUAAGGCAAACAAUUGAUCUAGUAAUAUGGCACUUCAACUUAACACUCUUCUAAUCAUUUCAUACAUUCUCAAAGAUAAACAAGCAUAACAAAUUUACAAAACAGUUCUGUCCCUACUGCUCAUUUAGUAACUAUUUUGAAAUAAGGAUUCAUUCCACAUUCUUUCUCAGUAUAGUCUAUUGUGAUUAUAAAAGUGUGCCGCUGAAAUGACAAAGUUCAGUGGGUGUACUUGUGUUAUUCUCUGUUGGUGCUGUGACAAUCUUUUUAUACUUCCAUUCAAAAGCCUAAGUAAUUUAAGAGUGAUGAGGUGUUUUCCCACAAGUCCAGAAUCCUGUGUAAAGCAUUAUUGUUAUUAUUUUUUUUUUUAUUCAUUGUUAUUUAUAUUUUUAUUUACUAUUUAAUUAUUAUUAUUUGCAUGAGGAUCUAUCCUUGGAUUUGUUGAUGUAGCUGUGAUGCAAUAUUUUAUGUCUAUCCAAUAUAUUUAGAGAAUAUAGUUAUAUAAAACCCCAAAACUUUCUCUAAUGAUCAUCAUGCAAAAACAAUUUAGUGGAUUAGGUUCAAUAUUUCUUUAAUUAUAAUUAUAGAAUUAUUGAUAGAUUAAUAUAUGAUCAAAUAUGCUGCUGUCAAAAGCUUUAUAAACUACAUUUCUUUAGUUAUCAAAAUAAGUGGUAACUUCUUUCCACAACUCAUAUUACUUGGUUCAUUGCUGCCAGAUGAUAUUUUAUUUAAUUUCUAGCAGCAUAACAUUAUACACGUUGUUGCCUUGUGCUUCUCUCUGUGGGUGUUGUCAGUGUGAAGAGUUAAAGAGUCCUUCAGGCACAAGCUGUCUGGGCAACUCUUCAGACAUCAGUAUUACCUUCAGCCCAUGUUUUGGUUGUUAGUGAUUUUACUGUAUGUCAAGAAGUCUUUCUUCCAUGCCAUCUUCGUGUUCUCGACAGAUUUUGAGAAAAUUUGAUCAUUUAAAACAAAACUCAUAAUGAAACUGGGGUGAAAACAGAUGUUGUCAUUCUGUUUUAAAGUUCCUUGUAUAUAUGUUCCUUAUAUUGUUAUGGGUUGUGUAUUUGCUUCUGUAUCACACCAGGCUGAAUGGUUGCAGCCAGGAGCCUUCUUUAGUAGUUACUACUUUGACACCCUGUUCCCUCACAGGAACUACUCUCAGUAUCAGUUUUCACUGCACAUAUUUGUGGUUGCUGUGGAUGGCACUGUCGGUACAUGGAAUAUGGUCUAUGCAGCAUUAGGCCUCUACACUGAUCCUCAUGCAUUACACUGCACUGAUGCAUGAUGCAUCAGAAGGCCAUCCUGAAAUUGCUGAGUACAUACGAAGAUGACAACAAUUGGCCAGCAUCAGACUUACCAAUGCCUUGGUUGUGCAUAUGAUGGCAAGGCUGUGAUACUCGACAGGAUGUCAAAACAUCGAAUUUUUAGGGAAUAAAAAUGAUGAAUUAUGAGACUGUGGGGAAAGAAAGUCAGAUGACAAAAGACGUGGUGCACAUUAUUUACAGAACAGUGCCUUUCCCUGGAUUGAAAUGGUUCCCAGACCAUGUGUUGGCUUCAGACAGUCAACACUGACAAAAUGUGAGGGUUUACAAUCCCCAAAGCCAGACAUAAAAAGUAUCCAGGGAAUUAGGACCUCUCGGGAAAAAAUGCUAGCAGAAGCCCUGCUCUGCAAAUAGGCCUGUGUACCUCUCCCCAACUCUGGCCUUCAUUUCUCUCAUACGACUAUCCAUAUAAAAAUAGCAUUCUGCCUGUCUAUACAUCUGACACCCUCUUCUCUGUGGGAGUUUUUCCAAGCAAAUGACUGCAUCCAAAUGGUCUUGAUCUGUGCCAUUCCUUGCACAGCUCUUAUGUGAAGUUUAUUUGCUUUCCUUACUUGGAUUUUACAAAAUGCUUUUUGCUGAAUUAUCCUUCGUGUCAGUUCUUACCUAUUUUGGCUGUGCUGCUGCUUUUUCCGGAAAUGUGACACUCCUCAUUAAAUGCCAGCAGUCCCCUACAGUUAUACCUGCACAAAAGAUUUAGUGGCAUUAGUGUCUGUGAACAUGUCUCAUACUUGGUAGUUUUGUUCUGGGUUGAAGUCCUGGACUGCUAGCCAGAGCAUGCAAGGAAAAUUGAGCCAGCUCGGCUCCCACUUACCUCGCCAGAACUGGUAACUUGGAGUAUCUAGUUAUAGAUUUUGCAACAGUGGCUCUUGUGUCACAGGAUAGUAGGUGACUAACUUGACUUUCAUAUCAGUCCAUGUAAUCUACAGAGGUUUCCUAGAGUGUUUAUAUCCACUGCUGUCACCCUUGUCCUUCACUACUCAUGCAGUGUGAGUGUUUGAUUUCCAGAUGGCAAAGUUGGUGCCAAGGUCCUCUCCCAGAGACCUCUAGGGGCCCUCAUAUACAAAUUGUUAUUAAUGUAGAAUUUCACUUCCAUAUAUCAAACUCUCAUUAUGGUCACAGCUCAGAGGGUUGUGGUGGAUGGUGAAGCUUGCAUUAAGUUAAUUGUAAAUGUGUACAUGAACCAAGCUUGAAUGAUCAUGCAAACAUGUGUACCAACACACACUUGUCAUGCUUGAAUUGUGCUUGAGAUGUGAGAGUGAAUAAGCUUCAGAGUUGUAUGACACUUAAUAUGCACUGGAGAGUCCUUACUUUGUGCCAGUGACGUGCACUCCUACGUUGCAGGAUAUAUGAUAAUCUGGACAUUUUAUGAUAACCAUUAUGAGGUUAAAGUAGAACAUUUUAUCUUUGUGAUUUUAAAUCCACUCACUUGAGCUGUGACUCACCCACCAGUCCAUACUUCUGUGGGCGCGGGAGUGAUCAGCGUGCAGUUGCCUUAUCCAUGUGUUGUCACUUUUUGUAUUGUGGAUCAUGUCAGCAUGAGGUAUUACUCUUGACAAGGACAUUAUAAAACAGACAGUAUCUGUUCACAAUAGAUUUCAGUAUUCGUAGCAAAAUGUUACAAUUUUUUAAAGAUAAAAGUUUGAAGUGUCCCAAUCCAUUUGUAUGAUGGCUUGCCAUAUGAACUUUCUUAUGCUAAAAAGUCAGAUGGGACACAUCAUGCAGCUUUUAAUCAUAAAUUGUAAUUUUCAUAAUCUAAGGUGUAUAUAAAGUCUAGAACAUUGAAUAAACUUUGAAGAUAA